AUGUUUCUGUUGACCCUGGCAGCCGGCCUCCAGGGCUGUAACGCAGCAGCCGUUGACACCCGCCAGACAGAUAUUACGACACGGCCCGAGUGGGUGUCGGACAGCCAGUUCAACGCUGCCAUUCUCACAACACACAACCUAUACCGUCGCCAACACCAAGGCGCCCCUCUGAAAUGGGGCGUCGACCUCAAAUGGGACGCCACUUUGGCCACUGCUGCUAAGAAAUAUCUCGACAGCAAGGGCACAGGCAAGAACCAGUGCCCUCCCUUCGCCCACUCCGGCGGCCAAUACGGAGAGAACCUGGCCAUUGGGUACGGAACACCUACAGCAGCUGCCAAAGCUUGGGGCGAUGAGCGUGCAAAGUACGACUUCCAAAAGGCUGUCUUCUCCUCAGCCACCGGGCAUUUCACCCAGAUGGUCUGGAGAGAUACCCAAAAGGUCGGGUGCGCCAGGAAGUACUGCACCAGCGGCGCGAGUAUCAAAGGCUGGUACCUCGCUUGCGAAUACUUCCCUCGCGGCAAUAUCAUAGGUCGCUUCAAGGAUGGCGUCAAGAUUGGCACCUACAAGCCACCCAAGAAGACGUAG